AUGGGCAACACUUUCAGGACAAUAGUUGCUUUUCUGCCUUCUGACAGCUGCCAGAAAUAUAUUCUGGGGGACCUUGAAGAGAUGCCAACUGAUAAAAUGGUGGAUUUGAGCGGCAGGCAAAUAAGACGGUUUCCUUUGUGCAUUUGUUCUUUCAGGGAGCUGGUCAAGCUGUACUUGAGCGAUAACAAACUGAAUCAUCUACCACCUGAGUUAGAACAGCUACAAAGCCUCCAGAUCCUGGCACUGGAUUUCAACUUCUUCCAAACACUGCCCCCCGUUGUGUGCACCUUGAAACAACUGUGUAUCCUUUACCUAGGCAACAACAAGCUAGGAGACCUGCCUGCAGAGUUACGUCAGUUACAGAACCUCAAGACGCUAUGGAUAGAGUCCAAUUGCCUGUACCACCUGCCCAGCGUGGUGUGCGAGCUGAAGCACCUCAAGACCCUGCAUGUUGGAUCCAAUGCACUGCGUGCCCUGCCUGGGCAGCUGCAAUAUCUGAAGGAACUGCGUACCAUCUGGCUUUCCAGCAACCAGCUGACGGACUUUCCACCUGUGCUCCUGCACAUGCCAUUCUUGGAGGUGAUUGAUGUUGACUGCAAUGCCAUCCGCGACUUCCCCAAUCUCGUGCACCUUACUGGCUUGAAGCUGGUGAUUUAUGACCACAACCCAUGUAGAAAUGCACCUAAGGUGGGUAAGGGAGUGCAUAGGGUUGGAAGGUGGUCUGAGGAGAGCCCGGAGCCUAGAAAGAGAUCUGGUUUAGGCAGAGACAAAGGAUCUGAAGACAUCAAUUCCCUUCUGCCGCCACCUCCUCUUUCCUGCAAGCUGUCUCAUUCCAAUUAA